AAGAAAGGAAAGGUGCCACUUGGAUUCAAAGACAUCGAACCUCGCCUUCAUUUGGAUUCAGAAUGGGGAAUAGAGACGACGAGUAUGAUUACUUGUUUAAAGUGGUGUUGAUAGGAGACUCUGGUGUGGGGAAGAGUAACCUGUUGUCUCGUUUCACCCGGAAUGAGUUUAACCUGGAGAGUAAGAGUACCAUCGGGGUGGAGUUUGCCACCCGCAGUAUCCAGGUGGAUGGGAAGACCGUGAAGGCUCAGAUCUGGGACACCGCUGGCCAGGAGAGAUACCGGGCUAUUACAUCAGCGUAUUACCGUGGUGCCGUGGGGGCCUUGCUGGUCUAUGACAUCGCCAAGCACCUGACCUAUGAAAACGUUGAGCGUUGGCUGAAGGAGCUGAGAGACCAUGCAGACAGCAACAUCGUCAUCAUGCUGGUCGGCAACAAGAGUGACCUGCGUCACCUCCGGGCUGUGCCCACCGACGAGGCACGGACAUUCGCAGAGAAGAACGGCUUGUCUUUCCUGGAGACUUCAGCCCUGGAUUCUACUAACGUGGAGACAUCCUUCCAGACCAUUCUGACUGAAAUCUAUCGCAUCGUGUCUCAGAAACAGAUGUCGGACCGGCGAGACAACGACAUGUCGCCUAGCAACAACGUGGUCAACAUCCAGGUGCAGCCGACGGAGAAUAAACCAAAGAUGCAGUGUUGUCAGAGCAUCUAACAGCAUCACCAGUACCACCUGCUACCCCCUGACCCCCGACCCCAAACCCCCUUCUAAAAGACUGCUUUGGUCCUGUUUGUCUGAGACACAGCUGCGUGGCCAGGCUCUAGACUGAGACACAGCUGCGUGGCCAGGCUCUAGACUGAGACACAGCUGCGUGGCCAGGCUCUAGACUGAGACACAGCUGCGUGGCCAGGCUCUAGUCUGAGACACAGCUGCGUGGCCAGGCUCUAGACUGAGACACAGCUGCGUGGCCAGGCUCUAGUCUGAGACACAGCUGCGUGGCCAGGCUCUAGACUGAGACACAGCUGCGUGGCCAGGCUCUAGUCUGAGACACAGCUGCGUGGCCAGGCUCUAGACUGAGACACAGCUGCGUGGCCAGGCUCUAGACUGAGACACAGCUGCGUGGCCAGGCUCUAGACUGAGACACAGCUGCGUGGCCAGGCUCUAGACUGAGACACAGCUGCGUGGCCAGGCUCUAGACUGAGACACAGCUGCGUGGCCAGGCUCUAGACUGAGACACAGCUGCGUGGCCAGGCUCUAGUCUGAGACACAGCUGCGUGGCCAGGCUCUAGACUGAGACACAGCUGCGUGGCCAGGCUCUAGACUGAGACACAGCUGCGUGGCCAGGCUCUAGUCUGAGACACAGCUGCGUGGCCAGGCUCUAGACUGAGACACAGCUGCGUGGCCAGGCUCUAGACUGAGACACAGCUGCGUGGCCAGGCUCUAGACUGAGACACAGCUGCGUGGCCAGGCUCUAGACUGAGACACAGCUGCGUGGCCAGGCUCUAGACUGAGACACAGCUGCGUGGCCAGGCUCUAGACUGAGACACAGCUGCGUGGCCAGGCUCUAGACUCUAUGCUCCCAUGUUGAGGCUGUGUCCAGAUUCUCCACCCUUCCUACCAAAGUGUGGCACACUCCAUGUCAUGGAUUUAAAGGCAUUGGAUUGUAAUCAUUGGCUGAAGGGAGUUUCUUUACACCAUUGUUAAAUCCAUGAUGGGAAGUGUGCAAGUGAACACUUUGAUAAAAGGGUGUAUAAUUAGGGUGCAGCUGUGUCUGAGCCCGUUGGUUCCUUAAGGAUCCCAGUCAGGACUAUACAGCUGUGUCUGAGCUCGGUGGUUCCUUAAGGAUCCCCAGUCAGGACUAUACAGCUGUGUCUGAGCCCGUUGGUUCCUUAAGGAUCCCCAGCUUUUUAUUUUUGCCAUCUUUUAUAUUACUAUAUAGCUAUGUUUUAAUAACCAGACAAACUCUGGAAGAAUCUGCACAGAAAUGUAUUCUUGGAUGUACUAGUUUUGUUAGUAAUAAUGCAGACCUGCCAACAUGCAUUGUACCAUAGGCUUCUAGGCUUCUAUUUGGCACAUUGUGGUUUUUGACUCAACCGU